AGCCGGAGACAAUUCGAGGUGACACACCCUCUUCCUGCCAACUCAUCUGAAAUCUGUUUUCAGUUCAAAUGUGCCACUUUCUGACAAUCAGUCAAAUAAUCCAUCGCUUCACUUUAAAGUAGUAAAGUAAGGCAUUAGAAAGAGAAACCUGGUCAAAAUGGUGUCACUGACGAUGAUUGUUCGUGUCGCCGACGGACUGCCUCUUGCUGCAUCAAUGCAAGAGGAUGAGCAGGGUGGACGAGACUUGCAGAAGUAUCAGAGUCAAGCCAAACAACUGUGCCGAAAACUCAACGAACAGAGUCCUGCACGGUGCACUUUAGAAGCAGGUGCCAUGUGCUUCCACUAUGCCAUUGAGAAAGGAGUGUGUUACCUGGUUUUAUGUGAAGCAGGAUUCUCCAAGAAACUGGCGUUUGCCUUUCUGGAAGAUCUUGAGGGGGAAUUCAGUGAGCGGUUUGGGAAAAAGGUCCCAUCAGUGUCACGGCCGUACUCCUUUAUUGAAUUUGAUACAUACAUACAGAAGACCAAAAAGUCUUACAUUGACAGCAGAGCACAAAGAAAUCUGGGAAGCAUCAAUUCAGAGUUGCAUGAUGUCCAAAGAAUCAUGGUUGCCAAUAUAGAAGAAGUGCUCCAGCGUGGAGAAGCCUUAUCUGCCUUGGAUUACAAAGCCAGUAACCUGUCCAGUCUGUCUAAAAAGUACCGCAGUGAUGCCAAAUAUCUCAACACUCGAUCCACAUAUGCUAAAGUGGCGGCAGGUGCUGUCAUUUUCAUCACACUCAUUGUGUAUGUACGCUUCUGGUGGCUGUGAAUA